AUGGACCGUUUCUUGGGGUUGGUCAAGCAGAUAAGGAGAUCAAGAAGAAGAAAAGGCAAAAAGUACCGUCCGGAGGAAGAUUAUCACGAGGGCUAUGAGGAUGUAUAUUAUUAUGCCUCAGAGCAUUUUCCAAAUGACAGUCCAUAUACUAAAUCUGCAAACCAGUCAAAGCCACCCGAUGGAGCACUAGCUAUAAGAAGACAGAGCAUUCCAGAGGAAUUCAAAGGCUCAACAAUAGUUGAACUGAUAAAGAAAGAGGGCACUACUUUGGGACUUACAGUAUCUGGUGGAACAGACAAAGAUGGAAAACCAAGAGUGUCCAAUCUUCGACAAGGAGGAAUUGCUGCUAGAAGUGACCAACUGGAUGUAGGAGAUUACAUCAAAUCUGUAAAUGGAAUCAACCUGACAAAGUUUCGCCACGAUGAGAUCAUUAGUUUGCUCAAGAAUGUUGGUGAGCGGGUUGUAUUAGAAGUGGAGUAUGAGCUUCCACCUGCUUCUGUACAAGGUUCAGGUGUCAUUUUUAGAACUGUGGAAGUUACUUUACAUAAAGAAGGGAACACUUUUGGAUUUGUAAUUAGAGGUGGCACACACGAUGACAGAAAUAAAUCCCGUCCUAUUGUAAUAACAUGUGUUAGACCUGGAGGUCCUGCCGACAGAGAGGGUACUAUCAAGCCUGGAGACAGGUUGCUCAGCAUUGACGGAAUUCGGCUUGUUGGAACUUCACACAAUGAAGCCAUGUGUAUUCUCAAACAGUGUGGGCAAGAAGCAACUCUACUAAUAGAAUAUGAUGUCUCAGUUAUGGAUUCAGUAACAACAGCUUCUGGGCCAUUGCUUGUCGAAGUUGCCAAAACCGCUGGUUCUGCUCUGGGCGUUGCGCUAUCUACCUCAAUGUGUUGCAGCAAGCAAGUCAUUGUUAUAGAUAAAAUAAAAUCUGCAAGUAUAGCAGAUAGAUGUGGUGCACUGCAUAUAGGUGAUCACAUUCUGUCUAUUGAUGGAACUAGCAUGGAAUACUGUACUUUGGCUGAAGCAACACAAUUUUUGGCUAAUACUUCUGACAAUGUCAAACUAGAGAUCCUUCCCCAUCAUCAGACACGCCUUGCACUUAAAGGACCAGAACAUGCCUUGGUAUCUUCAUCAUUCUCUCCUGCCUCCAUGAGCGCAUACAGCUUGAGUUCACUAAACAUGGGAACUUUACCACGCAGCCUCUACUCUACUAGUCCAAGAGGAACAUUGAUGAGAAGAAGAAUGAAAAAGAAGGACUUCAAAAGCUCAUUAUCACUAGCCUCUAGCACUGUUGGCUUGGCAGGGCAAGUUGUCCACACGGAAACAACCGAAGUAGUGUUGGCAGCUGAUCCAAUUGUAGGAUUUGGAAUACAGCUCCAGGGUGGUGUGUUUGCUACAGAGACAUUAUCAUCUCCACCUCUGAUUUCCUAAGAAGCUGACAGUCCAGCAGAAAAGUGUGGCAUCCUCCAAAUAGGAGACAGAAUACUGACUAUAAAUGGGAUCCUAACUGAAGAUAGCACAUUUGAUGAAGCUAAUCAGCUCCUCAGAGAUUCUUCUAUCACUAGCAAGGUCACUCUGGAAAUUGAAUUUGAUGUUGCAGAAUCUGUCAUACCAAGUAGUGGCACUUUUCAUGUAAAACUACCAAAGAAGCAUAAUGUAGAACUUGGCAUCACCAUAAGUUCUCCAUCUAGUCGAAAACCAGGGGAUCCUCUUGUUAUUUCAGAUAUUAAGAAGGGAAGUGUUGCCCAUAGAACUGGGACGUUGGAACUAGGUGAUAAAUUGCUUGCCAUAGACAAUAUUCGACUGGACAACUGUUCCAUGGAAGAUGCUGUUCAAAUCCUGCAGCAUUGUGAGGAACUUGUAAAACUAAAAAUUCGCAAGGAUGAAGAUAACUCUGAUGAACAAGAGAGCUCAGGGGCAAUUAUUUAUACUGUUGAGCUCAAGAGAUAUGGAGGACCUCUUGGGAUCACUAUUUCUGGUACUGAAGAGCCUUUUGAUCCUAUUAUCAUUUCGAGUCUUACUAAAGGUGGAUUAGCUGAAAGGACAGGUGCAAUUCAUAUCGGAGACCGAAUCUUAGCAAUAAAUAGUAACAGUCUGAAAGGGAAACCUUUGAGUGAAGCCAUUCAUUUGUUACAGAUGGCAGGAGAGACAGUGACCUUGAAAAUAAAGAAGCAGACAGAUGGUGAGUCAUCAAGUCCCAAUAAAUUUUCUGCCUCUGGUCAUACAAAUGAAUUAAGUGAUGCUGAAGAUGAUACGGCCACCACACAAAAACCAGGCAAGCUGUCUGAAAUUUAUUCCACAACAGUCCCAAGUGUGGACAGUGCUGUAGAAUCAUGGGAUGGCUCUGGAAUGGAUAACAGUUAUGGAAGUCAAGGUCCCAAUUAUCAGGCUUCAGGAUACAACUUCAAUACCUUUGAAUGGAGAAGUCCAAAACAAAAGGGUAGUUUAUCUCCUUUGAAUAGGCCCCGAAUCAACUCCUUCCAUGAUACAGGGUUAAGUGAUGAUGAUUGGGAUAAACCAGUAGCAAGUAGCUUUACAGGUAUCCCUGAGCCUGACCAGGAGGAAAACUUCUGGUCCCAAGCACUGGAAGAUUUGGAGACUUGUGGACAGUCAGGAAUUCUGAGGGAAUUAGAGGACAAGGUUGACAGGCGUCUCUAUUUGAGAAACAUGGCUCUCUUGGCUACAAUUAUGUCAGGGAGUACAAUGAGCCUGAAUCAUGAUAACUCUCAAGUUCGCAGCCAUCUAGGAAGACAAGCCAGCUUUCAGGAAAGAAGUACUUCAAGGCCACAUUAUAGCCAGACCACUCGAAGCAACACAUUGCCUUCAGAUGUGGGGAGGAAGUCCAUAGCCCUUAGAAAAAUGAAGCAAGAGAUGAAAGAAAUCAUGUCCCCAACUCCUGUGGAGUUACACAAGAUAACUUUAUACAAGGAUUCUAAUAUGGAGGACUUCGGAUUCAGUGUCUCUGAUGGCUUAUUGGAAAAAGGUGUAUAUGUUAAAAAUAUUCGGCCAGAUGGACCUGGAGAUGUAGGUGGUUUGAAGCCAUAUGACAGACUACUACAGGUAAAUCACGUUCGCACAAGAGACUUUGACUGCUGCCUUGUUGUACCCCUAAUAGCAGAGUCCAGUAAUAAAUUAGAACUUGUUAUUAGUCGCAACCCAUUAGCUUCCCAAAGGAAAGGCUCUGAGCACCAGACUUUCUCAACAGGACAAUGGAGCCAUCCGAACAAUGCUUUCCUUCAACAAAGCAGACAUAACACAGGUUCAGAGAUGAAAUGGGAACCUAUGAACACUUUAUAGCCAAAAACUGUAUCUGUCCAAGAUGCUAAAGAUUUAAAUGGUGCUAUUUUUUUUUUAAUACGUCUGAUACACUGGAAACACAGACACUAUCUAAUGUUGAGAAGCACACAGGGAAGGUUCUGAUUAUUUCUCAAGGCUUAUUCUUUGCUGCUUUCUUCCCAAUCGAGUUUUCUUCUCACUUUUUUAUAACCACAAAUAGUGCCAUUUCAAGCUGAACUCCACAUGCAAGAGAAAGCAAUGGGGAAAAUAACUGUUUUCAUGUAGAUUAAUCAAAAGAAACAUUGUAAGUGAAACUGAGCUCUUUUCAACCCCCCAUCCAAGUAUCUAAAAAAAGUAUCCCAGUUUUUUAUUAUCAAAGUUUAUAUUAAAAGUUCAGUUAAUUGAAGGAAGGAAUAUCAAAAUAUUAUCAUUAUGCCCAAAAGAUUAUUGUAUCAUAGUUAUUGUUUAAUAAAGUGUGUGUCUCUUACCUCUGCUAAACAGGGGGUGGGGGGGACCAAAAACUGUUACUUGUUCUGCAAUCAUUUCAGCAAAGGUGCACAGAGGAUCCCAGGGGGUAAAACUUUAGAUUCUGUUACAAUAUGAUUUAUUAGAAAUUACAUUAUUCCCUAUGCAAUUUUAAACAAUAGGAUAUGUCAUGCACCCUGUAUGGAUUUCUCACUUUUAGGUAUUUGAAACGUAUAAUGAUUUUUGUUUUAAAACAAUUAAUAAGGCUUUAUGGAAACAAGGUUUAAUAAGAAAAACAUUCAAGUAAGUUUUUUUUUCUUAACUGAAUUCCA